CAUCUGAUAAUUAUUGUGGAUCUGUUUGUUAAUUAUUCGUUGGUGAUAUAUGGAGCAGAACGUCGUGGGAGGGAAAAUGUAACGGUCGGAGCACAAUGUUAUUUUACGUAUUUUUAAUUAAAUGUAAUUUUUAUUUAACCAACAACUAAAAUUUAUAAGUGCAAUAUGUAUAUGAAGUUUAAGUAAAAAAUGUAUUUGUUAAAAGAGAAAAAAAGAAAAUUGACAUGUUUUCGUAAUAAAACUGAAUUAAAAAAAAUCUCAAAUUCAAGAAAAAACAAGAACGAUUGACAUAUCCUUUGCAGUUUGCUCGUGUAAACUCCACUAAAUUUUAUUGUCAUAUUUUGACGUUAAGUAGCGUUUUAUACAUAUGUAUGUAUAUCAAUUUCCAAUUGCUUGGUGUAUAAAAUAUAGCAGUUUAAAAUUAGUUUGUGUCAUUUUAUUUGCAGAAGAAAUUUACUCUUUAUAUUUCCCGAAAUUUUAUUUAAGUUUCAUAAGUUUAAUAGAAAAAUAUAUAAACUAAGAAUCAAAUAUGAACAAAAAGGAAAAUUGUAAGUACUGGGACAAAUGUUACCAAAAAAACGAAGCGCACAUAAGUAAAUAUAAUCAUCCGCCUAAAUCACAAGAAGGACGCAGCACCCAAUUGGACGUGCCUGGAAAUAGAAAUCGAAAAAGUCCAUCUCCGAGCUCUCACAAAAGGUCCCCCAGGGGUAGGAGUAGUUCAAAAUCCCCAGAGAAGCAUUCAACUCGUGAAAGAAGCAGAUCUCCUGUAUCAAAUUCAAGAAAUGAUGCGUCACUUGAAUUUCGUCAGAAGUUGAAUGAGAAUUUACUUGACGAAAACAAUAAAUCUACGCCUGAAACAGUAAAUCAUAAUCAAUCCGUUAAUGUUGAAGAUAAGCACUACUUUAAGAUAUUUCACAACAGUGUUCAUAAUUCGAAAAAGGAUGAAUACGUAGAAUUAUUGAAAACGACUGAUUUUAUUCGUCAUAAAUUUCUUGUAGAAAUGCCUGAUGAGUUUUACACAUUUUGGGCGUUUUGCUCUUCAUUGACAAAAGCCGACCAAAAACCAGAGGAAGUAUUUAAAAAUUUGGGACUACAAUUAGUUGGUCCUUUUGAAUACUUAUCUGGGAGUUUUAACAACGCAGACAUAAAGGAACCUGGAAGUUAUUUACGACAUUGGAGGUUUUUCUAUGAUCCACCAGAAUUUCAAACAAUAUUCAUUAAAAAGAAAAGUGGGGUGCAUUAUGGUUAUUGGCGAGACGAUCCAUCUGAAAAAGAAAAUUUAUUGAUUGCAAGAAACGAUGUAAACAAAGGUUGUGCUAUAGAUUUCAUUGCGAUCAAUUGUUUCCAAGCGUUAAUAUAUUUUAUGGAUCAUGAUUUUACCUGUACGCCAUUUAACAUGACAGAAGUUAAAAAAAUUAAAGAGUCUAUUAAAAAAUUUUCUGGAGAAAAUAACAUUAAUUUAGAGAAUUUUGAAGAUAUGAGGCGCGAGCGAGACAAAAAGGUUGUCACAAAAACUUUUCACAAGGCUGGUGUAGUGGUACCUUAUGACCGUAAAACUCAGUUGGGGUACAGACCUUUAAUGGAAACUGAUAGUAACAUUAAGAAAAUACUAAAUAAACUUGCUGAUGUCCAAGGGAAUAAGGAAACUUUAACCUCUGUUAUGGAAUCGUUGCAACCAAUUAUUACGGCAGCUAAUAUAGCUGUUGAUGAAAGCGAUUUUGGAACUGCAUUAGAACUUGGAAUUGAUUUGUUUUGUAGCGGUCAUAAAGAACUUCAUGAAAUAAUCGUGUCUCUCUUAGUGCCUGCUUAUUCAACUCUUAAACGACCACAGUUUAUAGCAAUUCUAAAAGCACACUUAGAAUUUAGACAAAAGGGAAAUUGUCUCAGUAUUUUUGAAGUAGAUGAAUAAACUAUUUAUUUUAUUAUUUUUUCAU